AUAUGGAGUAUGCAUUAUUGAAAUGCCAAAAUGGAAAGCCCUGUAGUAAAGAAGUAAGAACUAGUGAUUCAACAACUGGAUUGUGGAGGCAUUUAAGAAGCCACCAUGGAUACUCUAAAGAUGGUGAACCGCCUACACUUGAAGUUUUAACAUCAAAGCCGCACAAUAUAGUUGAACAAGCUAUCCGUGACUAUGCUAUUACUGAACUUAUUAUAGCCCAAAAUUUGCCACUUUCAUUUGUUGAAGGUAAAAUGUUUAAACGGUUCACAAAAAUAAUUGAUUCUCGAUGGACUGUGCCAAGUAAAGAGAAGAUUAAGAAUCUGAUUGAUGAUGGAUUUAAAAGAAUUUUAUGGGCCCGAAUGCUUGAACUCAAGCCAUAUAUUGAGAUACUUUUAAGUUUGCUUACUGUUCAACCAGAAGCUGAUGCAGUUGCUGAUGGGAAGCGUCUAAAAGAAAUAAUGAUUACUGAAAGCAGCUCAUAUCCGACAAUGAGUAUUAUUUACCCAACUAUUAUUUCUCUUCGAAAUGUAUUACUAAAACUAUUUAAAAAUGAAGUUAUUAGUGAUUUUAUUUUAGAUAACACUAGUUCAAAAAACUCUCCUACCUUAUUUAAUGAUGAGGCCAUAUUUAGUGAUAAGGAUUUAUCAGAUAUGGAUGAAGAGCUAGAAGAAUUAAAACUCCCAUCUAACACUAAUAAUCUAACUAAUCUUAUUAAAAAAACCAUGGCUAGUUUAUUUGAAAAAUAUUACAAG